AUGAAUGAAAUGGAAGCAAGAGCUCUACUAGAAAGACUUGAGUAUCAAAAGGGUAACAUAGAAGCUGCACUUCAUGUAUUUGAAGGAAUAGACAUUGCUGCAGUGACUCCUAGGAUGAAAGGAUCCAUUUCUAGAAGAUGUGAACAAAAUAGACGCCAUUCACAGAGUGAUUCUGUCCCACCUAUGUCCAUGCACGAUGUUAGUCUGCUCCUUGAAGCUGUUCUUCUCAAAGCAAAAUCAUUGCAAGGCCUUGGACGAUAUGAAGAAGCUGCUCAAUCGUGCAAAGUUAUUUUGGACACUGUAGAAUCUGUUCUGCCAGAUAGCUUGCCUGAAAACUUCACUUCAGAUUGUAAAUUACAAGAUACUCUAUCUAGGGCUGUUGAAUCACUACCAGAGUUUUGGAGUUCAGCCAUCAGAAUAAUUGGUGGGUUUUUCACCAAGAAUAUAUGUGAAGUUGUAUUAUUUUGCAUAACUUUUUUUUUUUUUGUAGCAUAGUUUCUUGAAGUAUUUUUUAAAAAAGACUUUUGUGGCUGCUUAUUUCCUAUGCAGAAAAUGUGAAGCUAUAUGAAACAGUUGGAAUGGGAAAUGGAGGGAACGAGCCAAAGCAAGAGUGAGAGUUGGAGGAUGUUAUAGUAGACAAUACUCUCCAAGUUUCUUGUUAUAGUAACUUUUCAAUAUGUUGAAUAUUUAAGAAUACUUGAAUACUUAAAGAACAUUUUGUUGUUGAUGACAGUGUUGAAUAUUUUAAACUAAUUUGUGGAUUGUUAAUACAAUGUUGAAUGUUUUUACUUUUUGUUAUUUGAAAAUCAAGUUUAUUUGA